CCAAAAAUGUAAUUUCUCAAACGAAGGAUUUGAAUUAUGAAAUCGGAAAAGGUUGAGUAGUACGGCGGAGGACCACUACUAUCUGCAGUCCAGACCCGAAGAUCAUUCGUUUCUUGCUUUCUUCACAAGAAAACCCUUUCUCCCCCUCCUCCUCUCCCGUUUUUCUUUCUCUUCUUCUUCGAAUCCUCAAUUUUCCUCAGUUCCCGCCUUCUCUAUCCUUCCCUCCCCCCUCUGUGCCAUCGGAGACUCGCUGGGAACUCCCUCUUCUUACCGUCUGAUCGGCCCAAGAUGUCUGUUGGCUCAAAAAAAGAAUCUGAGACUGAUAGGUUGAAGAAGUGUCAAGAGUUUUAUUAUGAGGAUUUGAAACAGGGUCGCGUAAGAAUUAAAGCUUCUGGUUCUAGGUACAGAUGUCCAUUCUGUCAUGAGAAAAGUGGGAAGGAGGACUUGCAAUUUAAGGAGCUUCUCCGGCAUGCUUCUGGAGCAGGGAGAAGCUCACGGUGCUGGAGCACAAAGGAAAUGGCAAAACACUUGGCUUUAGAGAGGUAUAUGAAUAAGUAUUUUUGUCCUGAGGAUCAACACCAAUCUAACCGUAGUCAGCAUCAUGAUGACCGUGAUCAGCCUCAAGCUGUCCACAAAGAGCAGCGUUAUGAUCGUGAUCAAUCACAACCCGUCUACAAGGAGCUGCGUUAUAAUCAUGAUCGGCCUCAACCUGUCCAUAAGGAGCGGCAUUGUGAUAGCAAUCGACCUCAACCUAUUCUGAAGGACCAAGGGUAUGACUGUGAUCGACCUCAACCAGUCCUCAAGAAGCAGGGUUAUGAUCGUGAUCGACCUCAAUCUGUUUUCAAGGAGCAGCAUCAUGAUCGUGAUCAACCUCAACCUAAGAAUAAACUUGAAGUCCGGAACCACUUUCAUCUAGAGGAUCAACCUCAACCUGUCCGCAACAAGCAGUAUUUUAAUCAUGAUCAGUUCUUUGUCUGGCCUUGGAUGGCUAUUGUGGCAAACAUACAAACUGAGAUACAUGGUGGACGACAUGUUGGGGACAGUGGUUCCAAACUUAGAGAUGAAUUUGUGAGACAAGGUUUCAAUGCUUUGAAGGUUCAUCCUUUGUGGAACCGCUUUGGUCAUUCUGGAUAUGCAAUUGUUGAGUUUAACAAGGACUGGGAUGGUUUUAGAAAUGCCAUAUUGUUUGAAAAAAGCUUUGAAGUCGAUCAUCAUGGGAAGAAGGACUAUAAUGUUUCAAGGAACCGGGGAAAGGAAUUGUAUGGUUGGGUGGCAAGGGAUGAUGAUUUCUAUUCAAAAAGUCUAUUUGGAGAUUAUCUGAGGAAGAAUGGGGACCUGAAAACUGUGUCGGGUAAAGAGGCUGAAGAUAACAGUAAAGCAUCAAAGCUUGUCUCAAACUUGGCCAAUACACUGGAAACUAAAAAUCUACAUCUUAAAGAGAUCACUCACAAGGUUCUAGAGACUAACGCAUCCUUGAAUAAUAUGAUGGAACAAAUGGACGAGACCGUUAAAAUUUACAAUGAUAAAAUUAGAAGAUUGCAGCAGGAUGCACGGGAUCAUUUCAAACAUAUUGUCUCAGAACAUGAAAAGGUUAAACUACAAAUAGAGGAUCAGAAGAAGGAACUUCAGCAACGUGAACAUCAACUACUUGAUCGUGAGGCUCAAAAUGAUAACGAGAGAAGAAAGUUGCAUAAAGAGAAGAAAAUGAAUGAAAGGGCCACUUUAGAGCAAAAGAAGGCAGAAGAUGAAGUCCUGCACUUAGCAGGGGAACAACAAAAAGAGAAGGAGAAGCUGCACAAAAAAAUCAUAGAGUUGGAACAGAAGCUUGAUGCAAGACAAGCGUUAGAGUUGGAAAUUGAAAGGUUGAAAGGUUCGUUAGAAGUCAUGAAACAUAUGGGUGAGGAUGGAGAUGACGAUGCCAAGAAAAAAAUGCACCAGAUGCAACAAGAUUUGGAUGAGAAGGAAGAAGAACUUGAAUACUUUCAAAACAUCAAUCAAAGCCUUAUCAUAAAAGAGCGUAGAUCCAAUGAUGAAGUUCAAGAUGCACGCAAAGAAUUGAUUAAUGUGUAUGGCGGUUCGUCAACCCGAGCCUUUAUUACUGUCAAGAGAAUGGGAGAUCUUGACAGCAAACCAUUCUGCACAGCCACAAAGUUGAAGUACGCCAAGGAUGAAGCAGAUGCUAAAGCACUAGAGUUGUGCUCAAAGUGGGAGGACCAGCUUCGUGACUCUAGCUGGCAUCCUUUCAGGAUUAUAGUGGACGAUGCAGGACAAGCUAAGGAAAUUAUUAAUGAAAAUGAUGAGAAGUUAAAGAAUUUGAAGAAUGAGUAUGGAGAUGAAGUUCACAAGGCUGUUGUCACGGCUUUGAUGGAAAUGAAUGAAUAUAACCCAAGUGGUAGAUACAUAGUACCGGAACUAUGGAACUUUAAAGAGGGUAGAAAGGCGACAUUAAAGGAAGGAGUAGCUCAUAUACUUAAGCAAUGGAAGCUCCACAAAAGAAGGAAAACCUGAAGCCAACUUAGUAUGUUUUCCUAUCCCAUUACUCCUUACUUGUUGCUUCUUCAUGAUUGGUGUCGGCUUCUGAUUUAGGUGAUAGGGAAUCAUUAGAAGGGAAUGGUGUUUCUUUUUUCCUUCUUUUUGUUCUUUCAAUUAUUGUGAAUACACUCACCGCUAAGGUAAGGAAAGGAAUAGAUGCCUUAACCAUUGAACUUUCCGAUCGAAAUUUUGUUAGACAUUUUCUAUAUUUUAUAACUUUAAAAUCUCAAACUUUUGAAGUGAUUUCACGAUUGGAUUUGUCAUGAAGUCCAAUUUGUAUCAGAAUGGUUAGAAAUCACAUACUAUCGAGGGUAUUCAUCAUCAUGUUAGAACUCAUCUUUCUUUCUUUUU